CAAUUAAUACAUCAACAAGACUUGGUCUUAAAAUCCCUCUCUUAUACAUUUCACAAUGGUUAACGCAAACAACGCCCCUGUCCAGAAUGGCAAGCCUGCCACCACUACCACUACUACUACCACCAACACUGCUACUACUUCCACUACCAAUGCUGACUCUAAGAGAACUCGCAGUGGUUCUGUCACUCAGGCUAAGCCCAAGGUUCUUCGUCCUUUCAACACUGCCGAGGUCAAGAUCUUGUUGUUGGAAAACAUCAAUGAAAGUGCCGUCAAGACUUUCCAAAAGCAAGGUUACCAGGUCGAGACCUACAGCAAAGCUUUGGUCGGCGAUGAACUCUUGGAGAAAAUCCGUGAUGUCCACGUAGUUGGUAUCCGUUCCAAGACUAAGCUUACCAAGCAGGUUUUGGAGGCUGCUGUCAACCUUCGCGUUGUUGGAUGUUUCUGUAUUGGUACCAACCAGGUCGACCUCCACACUGCUGCUAACAAGGGUAUUGCUGUAUUCAACUCGCCUUUUAGUAACUCUCGCUCAGUUGCUGAGCUUGUGAUUGGUGAGAUUAUUGCACUUGCUCGCCAGCUGGGAGACCGCAACAUCGAGAUGCAUGAUGGUGUGUGGAACAAGGUGUCUGCAAACUGUUUUGAGAUCCGUGGCAAGGUUCUUGGUAUUGUUGGUUACGGUCACAUUGGUGCUCAGCUUUCGGUGUUGGCCGAGGCUAUGGGUAUGACUGUCUACUUUUACGAUGUCCUCCAGAUCAUGCCUCUUGGCACUGCUAAGCAGACCGAAUCUCUUGAGGAACUCCUGUCUAUUUCCGAUUUCGUUUCUCUCCAUGUUCCUGAGCUUGAGGAGACCAAGAAUCUUAUCGGAGAGCGUGAGAUUAUGGGUUACAUGAAGAAGGGUUCUUACCUGCUCAACAAUGCUCGCGGAACUGUUAUCCAGAUUCCUGGUCUUGUCAAGGGUCUCCAAUCCGGCCAUCUCGCUGGCGCUGCCAUUGAUGUAUUCCCCAAGGAACCUGCAAGCAACGGCAAACAUUUUACCGACUACCCAGAGCUCCUCAAAUGCCCCAACCUUAUUAUGACCCCACACAUUGGUGGUUCCACCGAAGAGGCCCAGCGUAUGAUCGGUAUUGAAGUGUCUGCUGCGCUGGUCAAGUAUAUCAACCAGGGCACUUCCAUUGGUGCUGUCAACUUCCCCGAGAUUGACCUCCGUGCCAUCCGUGAAGAAGAAAAGAACACUGUCCGUGUUCUCUAUAUCCAUCGCAACAUUCCCGGUGUACUAAAAGCCAUCAAUGAAAUUUUUGCCGACCACAACGUCGAGAAGCAAUACUCUGACUCCAAGGGAGACAUUGCCUAUGUAAUGGCAGAUAUCGCAGACGUAGCCGAGGAACAGCUCCACAAGUUAUACGAAGCAAUUAUUGCCACUCCUGCAAACAUUAGCACUCGUAUGCUUUACUAAUCAUCCAAUCUACUCGUAGACCUAAAGAACUAAAAAAAAAAACAAAAAACAAAACCAAAAAUUAUCCUCCUAUUCAUCUUUUAUAUAUUCCUCCUACCCAUAUCUCUUUAUACUUUUCUAUUUUAUUUGAAGAUGCACCCUUAUUGGUUUUAAAGUAGUAACCUUAAAGACAUCAAAAUGAAACUUACAAACACAACUGGCAUUCAACAUUCAUCUACCUUAUUUUCUUUCUUUUUUUCUUUCUUUUAAAAUAUAUAAUAUAUAUAUUAUAUAUACGCUCAACUCAACUUGUUCGCAUAAUACUAAUACUGAUAAUAAAAUUAAUAAUAAGAAUAAUAUCUUUCACAUCUUCCAU